AGCGAAUCUACUCUGGGUUAGAUUCGUGUUUUUCUUCUCUUCAAACAAAGUUUCAGUGUAAACGUGCAUUAAAUAAACUCUAUCCAUACCAUACUGCUUUAAAGUUAAAUUGAGAUUUUUGCAAAAACUCUCAUUUUGAGCUGUAACUUUCUCGUUUUGUCGAAGUUGUUCCACCUCCGACCCCUGUGUAUCUGAAGUGGUACAAUCCGGAACUUCAAACAUUUUGCGGGUAGCCGUUCCAGUUCGCGCUACGGAGUGUUUACAAAACAAACCUGUUAUCCAAGCUGUAGUUGUUCCAAAUGAGCGCCAGAAAGGGCAGAGGAGCCAAGGCGCUCACCGUGCCACCGGAGGAGGGUCAAAGAGCUUCGUCUUUCGAGCGUAUGGAUUCUCCCGACCUGUCUGCCAUAGACAGAGCCAGCUUCCUGGAGGGCCUGCAGCAAAAUUAUGGUAACCCUCUGCACAGUACCGCCAUGGAGGAAGAUUUAAGUGUCUCAGAGGAGAGACGGGUGGACAAAGGAAAAGCAGGAAGAGAGGGCAUUCCUCGGAUGUUGAAGACCACUGCUAAGCAGCGUGGAGCGGCGGUGAGGAGGAAGGAGAGAGAGACGGAUGAAGAGAAUGUAAAGGAAGAGGAGAAGAAGAGGAGGAGGAGUCGUAGAAGUACUGGAGAGAAGGUCAAAGCCAGACCUAAGGGGGGAGGAGAAAGAAAGAAAAAGAAGGGAGAACCUGAAGGGGAAAGAGCAGAGUCAGACGCUGGCGCCAUCCCCCAGACUGGGAAGACAUCUGCAGCGAGGCCACUGAAAAAUCAGCGGAUGAAGAAGGACACGAAGAGAGAGAGUGAAUCAGGAAGUGGAGAGUCCAGUGGCCCUCAGUCACAGGAAUCUGACACUGGCACCGCCCAGCAGAGCCGUAAGAGAGUCCUGUCCUCUGAUGAGGAGGUGGACGACGAUGCGAGUUGGAACCCAAGUCCAAAGAAGGCAAAAGUGUAUAGUUUUGGCAGAACCAGAAAGUCUGCAUCAGGCCAUGCAUCUGCAGAACCAGCAAAGGCCAACGCCGAUAAACAGAGGAGGAAGACACGUGGUCAUCAGGGGGGAACAGAUUUAGAGGUGGUGCUGGAUGCCUUCCUUGAUUUCUGUGACCAGUACAGGGAGUCUGUGGAGUCGAAAGCCGUCAAACAGUCCAUUGAUUCUUUCUCCUCCAAUGUGAAAGAGCAGCUCCUGGAAAAGAUCUCUUCGUACAAGGAGCUCAGGGUUCUAAAAAGAGAAAAUGCCAAGGUGGGCUCUUUGAUUCGUACAAAGACACAGAGACUGUUGGAUGCCAAGCAGGAGCUGAUGAGGGCAGAGAGACAGGUGUGGCUGCUACAAAAGGAGAAAGCCGAACUUCAACUCCGAUUGACUGAUCUGAGACGAAGCCAUGCCUUCCUCCGUGACUUCAGAGAGCUCGGCCAACAGUACCUGGACUACCGACACAAACACCCCAAAGAGAGAGAGACGUACGGGGCAUCCAGCCUACCUGCCUUGCUGUUGGAGACAAAGCAUCUUCAGUCGGCAGAGCAUCAGCUGAGAGGAAUCAAUAACCAAAUGAAAAAGAGACCGAAGGAGACUGGGACUUAAUGGCAUAACUGCCUAAACACACACACACACACGCACAAAAGUGAAAUAUAAGCAGAUAUGUAAGAGAGUAGAUAACAUUAUGAGCAAUACUAAGGCGGCUUGACAUUUUGGAUGCGCUGUGUGUUGUGGUUCAGAUUUCUUCAACUUCCUGCCUUUCUCAGACCACGGGUGGAGCUGUGGAUAUCCCCUGUCUCAUAAAUUCAAGUAAUAAAAGCACCUUUCCUUC